UAACUUGGCAUCAUUUCCACAUAUAUUAUUUAAUAAGACAAAAUAGACAACAAAGGAAUCCUAAGGACAAAUUAAACUUUUUCAAAAAGUCUUUAAUAAAAAUUUAAUGGCUUUGCUGAGAAACUCCUUGCGAUGUAUGCAGAUUUCAUCGGUUAAAAACGUGGGAGACACUUUCGGUAAUUUGCGACUUCGUCGUCAUAUUAAACGAUGGGUUGCCCCUGUCCUACGCGAGCUUCGACAACGUGCCAAAAAGAUGGGUCCUCAGCCACCCGAACCUCGCUCGAGAUUUUUGGAUUGGAACUAUCGCGCCGAAUUAUUUGCAUUCGGUAAAAGAUUGAACGAAGACUUUCAAAUACCCCUAUUGCAGACAGCUUUAACCCAAGAAUCGUAUGUAGCCAAAGAGAAGGUUAAGCAAGAAGAAUUGGGCGUUGAAAAUGCUGAUAUACAAUUGAAACACAAUGUGGAAUUAGCAGAACAUGGUCAACGUUUAGCGAAAGCCUAUAUUGAAGCUUUCGUAGCGCACUCUCUUCCAAAAAUGCCUGCCGAAGGUCAUAAAGCCGUUACUUCAUAUUUAUUAUCUGUCGACACAUUAGCGCAUGUUGCUUUGCAUUUGGGCAUGAAAGAAUUGUUGAUGGACGCAGACUAUCCGCCUUCAAGCGACGCAAUGUCUCGUUCAUUGCUGGCUGUAAUUGGCUGUCUGCAGCAGUCAAGCGGGUUGGAAAGAGCUUUUUCAUUUGUUAGAGAUUUUAUUUGUACUCAAUUAAAUCAAAAGGACUUAAUGGAGAUUUGGCAUAUUGAUAAGCCUGGCGCAGUUUUAAAACAAAUAUGUCGGCAAAGAGGAAUAGGCGAUCCAGAACCCCGCUUGAUUGCAGACUGUGGCAAGAAUACUAUAUUAGCAGCAUAUUUUGUCGGACUGUAUUCCAAUAAAAAAUUAUUAGGAAAGGGUUUCGGCGAAGAUAUCAAUACUGCAACUCAGUUGGCCGCGCUGGAUGCUUUACAAACUAUAUUUGAAAUUCACGAAAAUAGAAAACCUUUCAAUUUUAACAUAGAAGUUGAAAGUAAAUCUAUUAAGUUACCUCCACUUUCGAAUUAAAAAUGAAAUAAAAUUGUUUUUCAAAUAA